AUGGAUUGCAAUUCUCAGCGACUCAGCAUUAUUACUCCGCUAAUUUUGCUCUAUUUUCCACUAGUUUACACGUCUUUUUUCCAAGUUGCUAAUUCAUCCGAAAUCACACUCGUUGCUCGUCGUCAACGAUCGAUUGUGCGGUUGACGUUGGAUGUAUCGAAGAAUAGAAUAGCCUCAACGUCAACAGUUGUAUCAGGAAUUGAUGAGUCGUUUCCAGUUCUUAUUUCGAUUGAUAUCGCUCAGAAUGUUCUUGCAUACAUGGAGAGUUGGUCACGAUCAUCAAGUGGUAAUAUAAGAUUAACCUCACUUCUUGGAAAUUCAUCUUUACCUGCAUAUGUUCUCCGAAACAGCGAUGUAAUUGAAGAAACAGUAACAUCGAUUGCACUUGACUGGGUAACUGAAAAAUUAUAUGUUGGAAUAGAAACGACUAGUAUUCAUAAUUCAGGACGAAUAGAGGUUUGCUCCUUAGAUGGUUCAGUAAAGUGUGCUGUUGUGUUAUAUUCAAGCUUCAGUAAUGCUAAAUCUCGAGUCGAUGCAUUUCAUUCAUUGGUACUUGAUCCAGUCGAUGGUUAUAUGUACUGGUUGAAUCGUUUGCACAAACGAAUAGAACGUGCGUGGAUGGAUGGUCGUCAUCAUGAAUUACAUCCGUUUAAAGAUGACACCAUGGAUAUCGUUGCAACUGCAGCGUUAUCGCUUGAUCAAGUUGUUCUAAUUUUUGUUUUCUACAAUUAUGUAAAGAUGUCAAGAAGUCUUUAUUAUGUGCGUACGCGAAUCUCACCUGAUGAUUCGCAAAUUUGGCGAUGUAUACUUUACAAUCGAGAAUCAUGUACUUUGGUUGCUAAAAAAGUCAACGCAUUCUAUCUGGACGAUUUAUUAAUCUGGUCUUCCGUAACAAACCAGCAUUCGGGAAUAAUGAUCUGCGAUGCGACUCAUUGCGAGUCAUCUAUGCGAGAGGUAGAAAACUCGAGUGCAGUUGAAGCACUAAAGAUUUUGGAUAUCAACACUCAACCACUUAAAAGCUCAUCCAACCAAUGUGCCAUCAGUAACGGCGGUUGUAGCCACAUUUGUGUCUUAAUCCCUGGCGCUCCAUGGCGAUCAUGUUUAUGUCCAGUUGGAGUUCGUUUGCUGGAAGAUCGUCUUACGUGUGCACCAAAUGGCAUUGAUCGGAUUUUGCUUGUUGCUACAGCAUCAGGAUUGAUUCACAUUUCUUUGGACACAGAUGACUAUACACCAAUGCUUUUGAGUUAUGCUUCUACCAACUUCACUGAUGCUAAGAUAAUGCAUGUUGAUUACGAUCCGAUUGAAAAAAAAUUAUAUUUCAUUGAUGGUGAUAGAGGAGUGAUUAAACGAUGUGGCUUCAAUGGUACUGAAUUUGAGAUUUUUGUUAAAGAUGCUUUUAAAUCUGAAGCACUUGUCGUUGAUUGGCUCAAUAGAAAUUUAUAUUGGGUUGAUGUGGAUGUUGCAGAAAUAAAAAUGCAGAGUUUGACUGGAAAGCAUCAGCAGAUUAUCAUUUCACAUGAUCUUAUGCAACCAAGAGGCUUGGCAAUUGAUCCAAUCAAAGGAUUUAUCUAUUUCUCAGACUGGCAUGAAAGUAUGAGUCGUAUAGAAAGGGCUUACCUUGAUGGUUCUCACCGCUCUAUUCUUAUCAGUCUGGAACGUAAUGCAUGGCCUAAUGGAAUAGCCAUUCAUACAGAAGAAAACAGGUUAUACUGGGCUGAAGGUCGAAAAUCAUUAAUUAAAUCUGCUAGACUUGACGAUGGAUCAGAUAUAAAAAUCUUUUCAACAAAAAUCAAUCAUCCUUAUUCAUUGUCGAUUCUCAAUGGUGUUCUUUAUUGUAAUUCCUUACAUGGUCGCAGAAUUGUUGCAUUGCGGCUACCAAAUCGAAAAUAUUCAUCAUCUGAUUCGAUGAAUGUGAUUUCCGAUUCGGUUAUAUUCGGUCAAAUGGGAAUUCGUGCAGUAAAUCUGAAUCGUAUUCCUAUCGGUAGUUCACCAUGUAAUAUCGAAAAUGGCGGUUGUUCUCAUAUUUGUGUUAAACUGCCAAACGGUAGUCGAAAAUGUGUCUGCCCAGUGGCGCAUGAAUUGCUUGGAGAUCAUAUGACUUGUGUGAUGCCAGAUGCAUUUUUUGUCUAUACUCUAUCGUCUAAAAUCAAUUCUGGUUCAAUUAUGCGAAUAUCACUGGAAAAGAAUCCAGCAAAUAUGCGUGUCAUCAAUAUUGCCAAUUUUUCAUCUGUAGCGCAUAGUGUAGCCGUCGAUCAGAACAGGCAGCGAAUCUUUUGGGCUUCUGAAAUCCGUGGACGACUAAUCUAUUCAAGAAUGUAUAGCUCAUUUUUUAACGGUUCGGAUUUGCGAAUUGUCGUUGAGAGUGCUUCGAUCAGUCAUAUUUCCGUGGAUUGGAUUACAGGAAAUAUUUAUUGGUGCAAUGUAGAGGAGAGGCGUAUCGAAAUGGCUCGAAAUGAUGGCUUAGCUCGUCGUACCAUCGCUUGGAAGAAAAUUAUUCCACGAUAUUUAGCGAAAUGUCCCUUAGAAGGAGAUCAACUCGGCGGUGUUGUAUUAAUCAGUGGUAUUGGCCAUUUAAGUUGUCUUACCAUCGAUUUCGAACUGCAUCGUUUUAUAUGGGCAAUUAUUGAUGGUGAUAUUGGCCGAAUUUUUGCAAGCGACUUCAGUGGAGAAAAUGUGGUUCAACUAGCGCAUAGUAAUUCUUUAAUGCCGGUAGCAUUUGUCGCUUACAAUAAAAUUUUAUAUUUUGCGAAUGGCAAAACGAAUUCGAUUGAUUUUAUUAAUGGCAAAACGAAUAUAAAAUGGAACAAAUGUAUAUACAAUAAUGGAAAUUGUAGUCAUUUAUGUAUUCCUUCAUUUCACAACGAUUUUGUUCGAUGCUUCUGUGAAGAUCAUUUCUUACUGGAUGUUAACAAUGGAAAAUGUUUACCGCCAAAACGUUUUUUUCUUGUCGCAGUUGAAGGACGACUGAUACGAUUCAAUUUAAAGCAAAUCACUGAUAGUGAUAAUGAAUUCUUAUGGAAGCAGGAUGCAUACGCAAGUCUUCCAGUUAAAAAUGUUGGGAUGCCAUCAUCUAUUGCUUUCGAUCCUUACUCAUCAAAUCGUUUUAUUUAUUGGAUUGAUUCGUACGAUGAUAAACAAAUUAAGAGAUCAUCGGAUCUGUCAGUUUCGAAAACUCAUUCCAUAUCAUUAGCUCGUUAUUCUGGUUGUUCUUUUUUAUUUUCGUUGGCUGUUGAUGCUCUUGGUCGCCAGCUAUUUGUUUCCUGUGCAGAGCAAGGUUUAAGUCACGCUUCUUCUAUCCAUGUUUGGAGAAUUAAAAACAAUGAUCAGCUGGAAUAUAUCGGUAUCGUGGUAUCUGGUCGCCAGCGAUCUUCGGUGACUAAUCGUCCGCCGUAUCCUCGUCAAAUCGCGUUAUUUCCUAGAUUGAACCUUCUUUUUUACGUUGAUAUUGGUGGUAAAAUUCCAAUAAUAGUUAGAUGUUUUCUUGAUGGACGUCAAUGUAGCCAGUGGGAAGUAAUAAAUAGUAUAGCAAAAAUAUAUGCGAAUGAGGCAAACGAACGACUUUAUUACACUACUGCAAAUGGGCUGUGGUCUCGCGAUGGUCAUGUUUACUCUGAUGUGCGGCAUCAUAUAAAUACGUCACCCUCUCAUAUCGGAAUGAUUCCUAUAAGUGAAUUACAGCUUAUAAUAAUCGCCAAAAAUGAUUCUUUAAAUGGCGAUAUAAUGAUAGAAGUACAGGAUGAUGUUCCUACAGUGUCUUUGGAGCAGCUGAAAUGGGAUGAUACAACCUCAUUAUCAAUCGGAAGAAUUUUGGCAUCUACAGUCGUUGGUGUCAGUGGUCUAGACUCAGCUGAUUCGAUAAAUCACACCUGCUCAACAUCACAUUGCUCGCAUAUGUGUCGUAUACCUCGUGAUUCACGUAAACGAUAUGAAUGUCUUUGCCCAUUUGGUUAUGGAUUACAAUAUGCAGGAGGUACUUCAUGUUUUGAACUCGUCACCUGUGCAAAUUGGCAAUUCAAGUGUGAGAAUGGACAACAAUGUAUUCACUUUAUGGGAAAAUGUGAUGGUCGUUUUGAUUGUAACGAUGGAAGUGAUGAAUCUCAUAAAUGGUGUCGGAAUGUUGCUAUUGACAGUUGGCCAUGCGAUGGUGGUAAAGCAUCAAUUACUCGGAACCUCGUUUGUGAUGGUAAAAGCGACUGUGGUGAUAACUCAGAUGAAGCGCAUUGUCGAUGUUCUAAUCCUUCAUUAUAUUUUGAUUGCGCAUUGAGUAUCUCAGCAACUGAUUCAAAUGAAUGCAUAAAUCGUGAACUUUUAUGUAAUAAUAUAGCCGACUGUUUAAAUGGAAAAGAUGAAAUACCAUCGUUUUGCAAACAAUCAAUGUACUCAACUACCCAUUCUCCUUCAUUUUCGCAUUCAUUUGAAUUUAUGGUUCCUUUAAUGAUUUUUUUCAUCAUAUUUGGUCUCAUUAUUUUCGCUUGUUGUCUUCAUUUAUCAUCAAAUCAAACAUUUAUCCCUCAAAAUCUUUCGAGGCCGAUGAAUACUACUGCAGAAGCACGGGUUUUGUUGCCCACUCAUCCUAAUGGUACUCAUGUGGAAUUUCAACUUCGAACUUAUUCAGUAGCAGCUUCAUCAUCUAUCUGUAAUGCACUACCGCCACCGAAUCUGCAGUCUACUUCAGAUGGCAGUUAUCAUUUUAAUGGCCCAUAUUCCGUCAAUAGUUCAUCUUUUGACACGCCUCCAAAAUCGGAAUUUUUUAAUUUUUAUGCACCUCCCCCUUCUGCUGCUAGUUUAUCUACAUAUGGUGUUGUGAAACCUGCUGGAAUGCGAAAUCGUGUUGAUAGUCGUGCGAUAGGCUCAUCGUCGAGGAAAGGACGUAGAAAAAAAAUUAGGAAUCAAAUUCCGAAUAAAUCAAAUAGUCCGCCUCCUUCUUACUCUCAGGUGACUACUGAUCGAGCCAUUUUCAUAGAUGGUGAAUUUGAUACAAAGGAUGGUGCUCGAGCACCAGUGAAUAGUCGAAUCGUUUCUUCUGUUGAUUCUUCAUCCGUAGCAGACAAUUCUUUUUAA